AUGCCUUUUCUCUGUCGUCUUCAUUCACAACAUACAUUAUCAACUACACAACUUCAUCAUGCACUUCAACUCAUUCUUACAAAACAUCAAUCACUUCGAACAUCAAUUAUUUUCGAUAAUGAAACAAAUAAACUUAUACAACGAAUUAUUGAUACGAAUGAUCAUACUAGAAAAUUAUUUACAUUUAUUGAAAGUACUUUCGAAACAGAUGAACAACUUCAUACUAUUAUGUAUGAUGAGAAAUACAAUUCUCAACUUUUUCAUCUUGAUCAAGGUCUUGUCUUUCGAUGUCACAUUCUCUACUAUAAACAAAUUUCUUCAAAUAAUCUUCUUUGUGAUAAAGAUAGAAUUAUUUUCAAUUUUCAUCAUGUUUUAUUUGAUUUUCCAUCAAUGAAAAUAUUCCUUCAUGAUCUCAAUCAAGCAUAUGCAACAAAUCAACUACCUGUCAAUCAUAAUACUGAUCUACGUUAUCUUGAUUAUCUUUCAUAUGAUUUUGUUAACUAUGCAUUAACAAACAAUAUAGAACCUCAACAUCUAGCACUUGCCGCUUAUUAUAUGUUCUUAUUUAAGUUAACUAAUGGAGAAAGAGAUAUAUGUAUUGGAAUGAAUACACAUACUCGAUAUAAAGAUGAACUCAAAUCAAUCAUUGGAUUAUAUGAAAAUCUUAUUCCAUUACGAUGUCAAUUAGAUCGUGAUGGUUCAUUUCAUGAACUAGUUGAAUAUGUUCAAGAAAUGGCAACAAAUUGUAUGAAGUAUUCAUAUUUUCCUCUUCAACAUAUUCUUGCACAACAUUCUGAUUGUUCAAAGCCUACAUUUCUUGAUGUGUCUUUUGAUUUUGUGACUAUUGAGAAGAAAAUAAUGAUUGGUGAUAUUGAACUUUGUAGUAUUCCAUUAUCAGUUACAAUCAAUGAAGAUCAAGAUGUGAGCAAAUUACUUAUACAAUCAAUGAAUAAUACACAAGUAUUGUUUCCUUCUGCCACUUGUAUACAUCAUGAAUUUAUUUAUCAAGUAAUACAACAUCCACAAAAAAUAGCUGUUGAACUUGAUGAACAAUCAUUAACAUAUACAGAACUCUUAUAUUAUGUUCAACAACUUUCUCUCGUCUUAUUAAAUAAAUACAAUGUGAAAUCGGGUGAUAUUAUUUGUCAAUGUGUAGAGCGAAGUUUAUCUAUGGUCAUUGGCAUUUUAUCAAUUAUUAUGGCUGGUGGUGCCUAUUGUCCUUUAUCAUCACAAGAUCCUUCACAACGUCUACAAAUUCUUGUGAAAGAAACUCAAAGUCAUUUAGUUCUUGUUCAUUCGUCUACACGCAUUCUUUUUGGAAUCGACAUUGUAACUUUAAAUAUUGAUACAAUUAUAAAUAAUGAAGAAAAUUCUACUAGUAUUCAUCUGAAUCAAAUGUCAGAUGUACCAAUAACAUCAGAAAGUAUUCUCUUUGUAAUUUUCACUAGGGGAUCAACUGGUAUUCCGAAAGCGGUCCAACUACGUCAUCGAAAUUUCACUCAAUUUUUACGCUCAUUUGUUUAUGUUGAUAUAUUAACAAAAACCGAUACAAUAAUACAAAUGGCUCGAUGUUCUUUUGAUAAUCAUCUAUUAAGUCUUGUUGAUACAUUAAUAACUGGAGCUACACGAAAAAAUGCUUCGACCAGAAGCAUAGGUGAAGUUCUCAACAAUAAACUAGUUAAUCUAUUAAAAAGUCAGACAUGUUUCUUACAAACUGUUGAUAUUGGACAGGAAGGAGAAUUAGUUAUUGGAGGUGUUGGUAUUUUUGCUGGAUAUAUUGGUCGUGAUGAUUUAACAGCUAAAGUAAUGAUUAAUGUUAAUGAGCAAAUAUUUUAUAAAACAGGUGAUCUUGUUCGAAUGGAUAACAAUGGAUUGAUUCAUUAUGUUGGUCGAAGAGAUUUUCAAGUGAAAUUACGUGGACAACGUAUUGAAUUACAAGAAAUUGUAUAA